AUGGUUGAUAAUCGUGCUGUGAUUAUUGUAGUCACUGGUCUAUUGGUUGUGAUGGCGGUGAUAAAGUUGGACUUGGUAAUGUGUUGGUAUAAACUACCCGAACUGGUCUUUCCACUCUACAUAUUCCCGAUGCUUUUGGCCGGUUGUACUGCACACACCAUCAUUGCACAACGUUCAAAGAUACGAAACGCAGAAAUGGUUCAUUUCGAUAGUAUUCUGUUGAUAUUUGCCACAAUUCUUGCCGUCAUGACAUUCUACGGCAUUGCCAGUGCAUUCUUCCUACUGAUACAUGCGUUGUUCCCGUUGUUUCGAGAUCCGAUCAUAUAUUUGCUGGGCAAAUUGAAAAUUAUUGACAGUUCAGGUAGAUUGAUGAUCUCUGCGUAG